AUGGAUCCUAGUAUGCUCCCCACAAUACAGAAGAUAAUACAAAAUCACCGCCAAAGUUACAAAACGGCGUCCUUGGAGGUGCGUCAAGUUGGAAGACGCGCCGUUAGCCAACUCUCCGGUCGCGGCAUGGGAGAUGAAGUCCUCAUCAUUCAUUACAACGAUGUAUAUAAUAUCGAACAGACCACGAACACAGAACCUGUGGGAGGUGCCUUAAGGUUUAGCACAGCGGUGAAGGCGCUGCAUCAUCUGAACCCCCUUAUAUUGUUCAGUGGCGAUGCAUUCUCACCCAGCAUGCUAAGCACAUUUACAAAAGGUGAACAGAUGGUGCCAGUUUUAAAUGAAAUCGGGACGCACUGCGCCGUCUUUGGGAACCAUGACUUUGAUUUCGGCCUUGAUGUCUUAUCAGGGUUGGUGGCACAGUGUAGUUUCCCUUGGCUUAUGUCAAACGUAAUAGACAAUGAAACGGGACGCCCUCUAGGCGACGGGAAGAUAACGCACGCUCUUAUGUGUAACGGACACAAGAUCGGACUUAUAGGUCUAGUCGAACAGGAAUGGUUAGACACUCUAUCCACGAUAAACCCAGAGGAAGUGACUUUCAUAGAUUUCUUACAAGCCGGUAACAAAUUGGCGUCACAGUUGAAGCAAGAAGGUUGCGAAUACGUGAUAGCUCUGACGCAUAUGCGCACGCCGAACGACGUAAAGUUAGCCGAGGGAUGCAACGAAAUAGAUUUGAUAUUGGGCGGGCACGAUCACGUGUAUGAAGUUCUCGAGGUAACCUUAGGAACCGUUGAGGUAAAUAAUAGGUAUAUAGUAAAGAGUGGUACAGAUUUCCGUCAGUUCUCGAAGAUCACCAUCACAUUCGAGGGCGCGCCUCGUGUCAACAUUGAGGAAGUACAAGUGACAAGCGCGUGCGCAGAAGACCAAGCUCUCAAGGCGAAGGUCGAUAAAUAUUCCGCUAUGAUCGAAGGCAAAAUGGACGAAGUUCUAGGCAAGUUCUGUGUGCCUUUAGAGGGUAGAUUUUCCUGUAUCAGACGGCAGGAAUGCAAUCUUGGCAACUGGGUGUGCGAUGUACUACUAGCCGCUACUGGGGCUGAUCUCGUGAUACUAAACUCUGGCACAUUCAGGUCUGACCAGGUUCAUCCAGCUGGUGAUUUUACACUCCGUGAUUUAUCUACCAUCAUCCCCAUGAGGGAUCUCCUCGUGGUGGUGGAGGUGACCGGUUCUGUGAUCCUGGAAGUAUUAGAGAACUCGGUUAGCAAGUAUCCGAGCCUGGAGGGACGGUUCCCACAGGUAGCGGGUAUAUCGUUCGCUUUCGAUCCAUCAAAGCCGCCGGGCGAGCGUGUAGCGGAACAAGUCGUCAAAAUCGGUGACGAAUACCUACAAAGAGAUCAGAAGUACAGAUUAGCAAUCAAGCAAUACUUGUACAACGGCAACGAUGGCUUCACUAUGCUGCCCAAAUGUAAAAUAUUGAUAUCAGAAGACAUGUGUCCCGAAGUGGGUAUGGCGGUACAAAACCACUUCGCGGCCAUCAACGUGCGGACGGGAAGAGCUAGACCAUCUAAACAUAGACAGUCGCUAGUCACACUCAGCAGAAGACAUAGUUUAGUGAAGAUGUUAGAUGGCAGCGAGCUGGACGGUCCACCACCUCUGAGGAGGGCUUCCUCCGUUGCUACCGAGCCUACUUCUCAUACAACACAUCAUAGAGUCUUAAAAACAACCGAAGACAUAACGCCGCCUUUGUUUGAGACGGCGCCAACGUUCGAUGCCACAGUGCGUAUUAAAACUGAAAAUUUAACUAUCGGAAUAAAAAUGUAUCUGUUGGAAUAUCAUAUUUUCUGGUUGUUAACACGUAGGGCUUCCUUAGAUGACUUGGAGCAGCAGUCGUGCGAACUAGCGCCCAAAAUAGACAACAGAAUCAUUGUGCUGGAUAAGAAAGAAAAACUGCAAGCAUUAUUGGCAGAACGGGCUCGAUGGGAAUCUGACGCCGUCAUAAAAGAAGUAGAAGACGAAAACUCACCAUAA